AUGACAGUGGGGUUGACGGAGGCACAAGAGAAGGAGGCCUGUGUGGAUUCAUUCUUGCCAUCACCAUCUCAAACAACCAAGUAUUCAUGGGAGUUCUCAAGAUUCGUUGAAAACAACGUGAUCUGGGUUUCCAAGUCUGAUGAGAUUCUUCUGGAUCUCUGGAAACCAGUUGUCAAGAACGAAACAAUUAUAAAGGAAGGACCUCCCUCUCGAACACAAAAAAUAAAAUGGCGGGAGGUGGAAAGCUCCCCUCGAAAGUGUUCGUAUCGUACAAACCUAGUCCAAUACCUCUUCCGCUUUUUCAUAAUUUUUUAUAAAUUCAAUCAAAUUAUUGGGAACUUUUUUUUUCCUUUAACGUUAAGCGUUCCGGAAGUAGCCCCUUUCACCGCCGUGCUGAAAUUCGCUGCCGAGGAAUUCAAAGUGCCUCCCCAAACCAGCGGUACCAUCACCAACGAUGGUGUUAGAAUCAAUCCUCAGCAAAGUGCAGGACCAAAGUUAUCCGAAUCUGCUAGAACUUUCACCAUUGUAAACAAUUGCAAAGAGACAGUCUGGCCUGCAGUGAUUCCUGCGGACAACUUCACUGCUGGUGGUUUUGUGCUAAAACCGGGCCAGUCAAUCCUGUUCAUCGCUUUCUGCUCAACCAGGAAGCGACCGAUGUGCACAUAUCGCCACCACAAGAUUCCGUGUCCUAAUGUUUCUGGAUCAGUGGGUUUAAAGUCAUUGAGAUGGUGGGCUGUGAUGCUUGGAUUGUUAAUGAUGAUUAAUUUAUGGAUUAAUUUUUGAAAAAAUAGUUUAUAUCCUCUCCAAGUUUAGAGGUGUAUUUUACAUCCCUUUUGAACUUAGAAGCAGCACUUCAAAAGAUGACUUUUUUCAGAGAAUUGUCCAUGCACCAUGCUGGUUGGUUGUACAAGUGAAGUUAUUCAUUUUAUUCUUUUCUUUUCAAAGAGAAUAUAUUUGAAUGCAGUUGCUUUACACAACCUUGCUUGUCUCCACUCUCAUCUUCAACUUCUUAAUAAACAAGAUAUAAGGUUGAGUUA